CAACGGUCCCAUAAUUUACUGGUUGUGCUUUCUAUCGCCGCCUGGUCACACUGGCCAUUAUGCAUGCACUUCGUAAUUUAGCCGGCAAUGGAAAAGCAAAUGCGUUUGGCGGAGGGAUCAGGCGCCGCUUCAGCUAUGUCCUGGGCAUCGAGACUUCCUGCGACGACACGGGCAUCGCCAUCGUGGACACCACAGGCCGGGUGAGGGCAAAUGUGUUGGAGUCGCAACAGGAGUUCCACACCCGCUACGGAGGCAUCAUCCCACCUAGGGCACAGGAUCUGCACCGCGCCCGCAUCGAGUCCGCUUAUCAGCGCUGCCUGGCAGAGGCGCAAUUGAAGCCGGAGCAACUGACGGCCAUCGCUGUGACCACGCGACCCGGGUUGCCGCUGAGCUUGCUGGUGGGCGUGCGCUUCGCACGGCACCUGGCCCGUCGCCUCCAGAAGCCCCUGCUGCCCGUUCAUCACAUGGAGGCCCACGCGCUGCAGUCCCGCAUGGAACAUCCGGAACAGAUCGGCUUCCCUUUCCUCUGCUUGCUGGCCAGCGGUGGCCACUGUCAGUUGGUGGUGGUUAACGGGCCUGGUCGCCUGACGCUUCUUGGCCAAACACUGGACGAUGCGCCCGGCGAGGCCUUCGACAAGAUCGGCCGGCGGCUGCGACUGCACAUCCUGCCGGAGUAUCGUCUGUGGAACGGAGGACGGGCCAUUGAGCACGCCGCCCAGCUGGCAAGCGAUCCGCUAGCGUUCGAGUUUCCGCUACCACUCGCUCAGCAGCGUAACUGCAACUUCAGCUUCGCCGGCAUCAAGAACAAUUCCUUCCGCGCCAUUCGGGCGCGCGAGCGUGCUGAGCGGACGCCUCCGGACGGAGUCAUCAGCAACUAUGGCGACUUCUGCGCCGGCCUGCUGCGUGCGGUCAGCCGGCACCUUAUGCACCGCACCCAGCGCGCAAUCGAGUACUGCCUCCUGCCGCAGAUGCAGCUCUUCGGUGACACCCCGCCCACGCUGGUCAUGUCCGGCGGUGUGGCCAAUAACGAUGCCAUAUACGCCAACAUCGCCCACCUAGCCGCGCAGUACGGGUGCAGGAGCUUUCGGCCAUCCAAGCGGUACUGCUCCGACAACGGCGUCAUGAUCGCCUGGCACGGCGUUGAGCAACUCCUGCAGGAUAAAGAGGCCAGCCUUCGCUUCGACUACGACCGCAUUGAUAUUCAGGGCAGCGCGGGAUUCGCCGAGUCCCACGAGGAAGCUGUCACGGCGGCGGCACUCAAAUGCAAGUGGAUACAACCACUGGGUUGACCAUUAGCUCCGGUUAUGUUUGAUAUGUUCUCACAAAAUGAUGGGGUAUAGUUUCAGUAAUAAAUGAACACUUGUUGUUGUUGAAUCCUUUUUGUGUGAUUCCCAGUCGAAAAUAUUCAUCACAUUCCGCACAUAAAUAAUAAUCCGUUUUACAAGUAUAAUGUGCCAUGUCUCCUUGUUCAAAGCCAACUUUUUAGCUCUAAUCGCUCCAGAGAUCUCGACGUUUAUACGAACGGACAAAGAGACAUGGCCAGAUCGACUUGUCCCAGACCAAAAUAUAUACCUUAUGGGAUGGGAAAAGCUUUCCUCUGCCUUUUGGAUACUUUUCCACGAAUAUUAUAUUCCCAACAAGUGACUGAUAUUACUGAUAUCUCGUUCAUAUAAAAGCGAACACCCACAAAUACCUGUGCCAUUACUCACCUCACCGAUUUAUGGAUGGUA